AUGGAUAAUUUGGUUUUAAAAGAUUUAAAUGUAUUAGGAGAACAUGAGUGGGUAGUCAUGUGGGAUUGUUAUGAUAAACCUUAUGAACCACUUAAUGGCCACAUCAUGCAUUUUCAACAACAAUCACCUUACCUAUGUGAAAUGAUGAACCAAAUGUCACAAGGAACUCCACCCAGACCAGCUUCAACAGAUUGGGGCCAACACUUAUACUAUAAAGUAUACAGAUCUUUAAUUUCAUCUGGUGUCACUCCAUUUAAAGUCUUACCAUUCUGUUUAACAGAUGGUAGGAGUUGUACAUUGAGAGAUAGAUUACCUGAUCCGUUUGCUAGCCUUCAAGAAGAGUCUAGAUGGAAAUGGAGUAAGGAACGUUGGGAUCAAGUUGAGGAACGCUUGAAGGGUGUCUUUAGUAUUCAUUUACAUAAUCAAUGGGAUAAAAGCUUUCCUAAGGAUGGUUGGAUUAGAAGGAUGUAUGUAGAAAGAUGGCCAAAAGAAUUAAUCAGCUAG